CCCCCGUAAAGUUGUUCCCGAUGGAUAGUGACCAGGUGAAAAUAAAGCGGUUGGUCAGCACCCGCAUGUCGACCUCUGCCGCCCUUCGAGACGUGCAUGGCUCCAGUUUCUUGCUUCUUUGUUUUCUCUUCAGCGCCUCGUUUUGCGUUUUGAGCCAACCACCACUAGCUCUGUAACGACGUAUUCGGUGUGAUAAUAGUGCGUGCCGGCAAUGUUCGUAAUGAACUUCCACUCGUUGGGCACGUCAUUUCUUGCCGUUUGCCGUGUUUUCAGUGCCACACACCGUAUGCUUCAUGGCGAACGCCAUUAGCGUUCUGGGAACUCUCAUACUGCAGGUCGUGCAAGUUGCAGAUGAAGACAGCGCAACUUCGACACGUUAGCCUCUCGAUUGCAAAAAGUCUCGCAAUACGCUUGACAAACUCGUCCGACUCUCCUCCUACACCGAACAUGCUUUUUGUCUGCGCCAGUCUCAACAUGACUGCGCUGCUCCAGAUAGAAGUUUCAGACAGUGCGCGCUUAAGAGGGGACUGACCGCGGCAGCGCGCGGAUACUUCUGUACUAAAACAACAUCCUAAUCUGAACCAACGGACACGCCCAGUCGUCUUCGCGGCUCAUACGAAGGCGGCAGUAAGAGUAAAAAUGACUCGGCAAGCGGACUCACGUGUGCAGAGUCAGAACACCCUGCUUGUAAACCGUCAACGCCUACCAAUACUAGAGAUUUAACCUACUGAGACCGCUAGAACUUUACUAUACAGCCGCUCAUUUCAUCGAUUCGGGAGAGACACCGUUUGACUGAAAGGGAAGUGCUGCGCACCGUGUGCAGGUCAGGCCAUGAAGCGCAGGAGCAACUGGACAGUCGAUGCCGGGGUGUUAUGUUCUACUGUGUCUCAAAAGUACAUCCUUCUUGCGUCAAAUAAAGGAGCUGAGUUGUCCAGAUUCACUUUGUCGAAAGCUACCUCCCUUGAAUGGUGCACGGUGUGCGCUCCUCCGACGACGGCGCGUGUCUGCUCCCACAACCGCCGCCCAACGGUGUUUCGCGUCGCAGUGUUCCGCGUUACAGCGUCAUGGACAGCGGGUUCCUUAACAACACUGUCUUCGCCCGGUACACUUGGCUUUUCAGCGGCAUACCGCGCUGCAGUUCAUUUAUGGUUGGGAUAUACAGAGAAGGCGAUAUUAAGAACUUGGUGUGUGGUUGCUUGCACAUUAUAGCGAACCUUCCAUUGAGUGGCGCAAAGUUUUCGCCUGUAGUCACGAACCCUCCAACAGGCGUCGCUGUCACGUGGGCACGCACAAGUGUGAGCUGCCAAAUUUCCGAUUGUGUUUCUUUAUUCGGCUCUCGUUUUCUUUUUGUUAAUCGCCAUGGUAUUCACUUUGCCCCCGCUCCCCUACGCGCAUGACGCGCUUGCUCCCCAUAUCAGCUCGGAGACACUUCAGUUCCAUCAUGGCAAACACCAUGCAGGCUACGUGGCUAAGCUGAAUGGCUUCAUUGAAGGAACCGCUUUCGCGGGAAAGACUCUAGAAGAGGUGAUCCGUACGUCUACUGGAGCCAUUUUCAAUAAUGCGGCUCAAGUGUGGAAUCAUACAUUCUACUUCAGCAGCAUGAAGCCACCAAUGUCUGGUGGUGGUGGAGAACCUACUGGGAGACUUCUCGACGAAAUCAAGAAGGAAUUCACAUCUGUUGAGAACUUUAAGGACGAGUUUUCGAAGGUUGCCGCUGGCCACUUUGGCUCAGGUUGGGCAUGGCUUGUUUGGGACAAACAAGGCAAGAAGGUCGGCAUUGAGCAAACUCAUGAUGCGGGCACCCCGAUAACGGAGCCGAUGAAGGUGCCGCUCCUUUGCUGUGAUGUAUGGGAGCAUGCCUACUACCUUGACAGAAAGAACGACAGGCCAGCGUACAUCAAAGCAUGGUGGAAUGUUGUAAACUGGGACUUCGCCAGCAAGAACUUGGAGAAUGCCUUGAAAUGAAGUGAUAUGAUCAAACGGGAAUCUGCGAAUGUUUACGUGCUUCGCACUCAACCAGAAUACCCUGGUCUUUCGAAGCAGCCGCGCUUUCUGUUGUAGGUGUGAACAGGUUGCGUGGCUGAUUCUUCAUGAAAUGUCAGAGCUGCGGCUGUGUGUUUAGAAACACGGUUUUUGUGACAGUGCGCAGCAAUUUUGUACUGCGUGUCAAGCGUUCCUUCGUUUCGGACUAAGCAAUAAGCCAUGGUGCCUGAGAGAACUGUUCAUGCAGGUCACUUUCUGUGGUCGGCCUGGUAGUGCAUCGAUGUGAAGGAGUCGGCUGUAGCCGCAACUCCAGCAUCGUUGGCGCUGCACCCCUCGCAUGGGAUUUCGCAACAAGCUUCUUAAAUGUACAGAGACAAUGGUACAAUAAGCUAAUAGCCACGUGAAGUUUGUGUCCGCCUACGUCGGUGGAUGCCUUGGAACUUUGUCACAGGAAGCUGACAGUCUCCCAAAACAGUUUACGG